AUGGCUGUAAAAGUUGUUUUUUUUAUCAUUUGCGUCUUUGGUGCUUUUUUUCAAACCCAAUCGGCCUCAAUAACUAAGAUUCAAGAUAUCGAAUAUGUACGAGAUAUUCGUUAUGUGCAACUUGAAGCAAAUAAUCAAGAAUACAACUUAACUUUAGUCCAGCGCAUCCACAAUACUUUCUACGAAGGAACCCCCGUAUGGACUGCUAGUUCAUAUGAAAGCGAAAACGACUAUAAAAUUUGGAAAGUUUUUUUUAAAGAUAGACAAAUUCGUGGUAUUUUCUACGAUGACCAUGAAUAUAUGGUAACAGUCUUUGCAACUUAUACGUCAGAAGUAGAAGAAAUAUAUUACAAUGGACUCGUCAACAUUGGAACUAAAAUUUACAAAAUCGAUUCAGCCCUUGAUGUUUGGUGGCAAAAUCCAUAUUUACCUGAACCUAGCGACAGUGAAGAGAGCCCCAGAUCCUCUCUAGCUCUCUGCUUUCCCGAUGGUAAAAUGAACUACCUAAGCAGAGAUGAUGUUACCAUGAGAUCAUCGGAAAACUUUGUAAUAAAUUUGGACCCAAAAAUUCUUGUUGUUGUGGAUUUUGACUUGUACAGUGAAUUGGGUGAAAGCAUCGAAAAGGUUAUUGAAUAUGUAGGAACUUUCUGGAACGCUGUAGAUUUGAAGUUCAGUAAAUUGAAUUCACCAAACAUUCAAAUAAGUGUGACUGGAAUCUUAAUCAUUGAAGAUGAAGACGUAAGCAUUAUAAAUAGCAACCCGGAAAGCUUUAAUGAAAACUUUGCCAAGAAAGUAGAAUUUGUAGAUUAUGAUGCUGUGUUCAUCAUGACAAAAUCGAGUGCCAAAACUAGACCAAAUAACAGUCCGCUUGGAUCAAUUUGUAAUCGUCAAAAAAGCAUAGUUUCCGUCCAAGAUAAUACAAACUACGAAGGUGUUCUGAGUGCUACUUAUGAAUUAGGUCAUUUGCUGAAUCUUCCUCAUGACGGAUCAGAUAGGGCUGAAAGAUGCACUAUCCGCUCUGGCAACCGCGUCACUUUCAUGUCUACGGGCUUGGAAUCAUCAAAAAUGUUGACAUGGUCUGAAUGCAGUCGGGAUAUUAUUCGAGAAUUCGCAAAGUCUGAAGCAUCUUCUUGUUUGAAAAAUCGUCGGCGUUACUUUUAA